AUGAGAUUUGAUUGUGUGGAACGACGCUUCUCCCGGCUGUUCUCCAGAUACAUCCUGGUCGUGAACAGGAAUCCUCUUCCUUUCCUGGUCAUCCCCUUCUGUCUGACCUUAUUCUUGGGUGUUGGGUUGAAUCGUCACACUCAGGCGUUCGUCAAAGAUGAAUUGGAUCUGUAUACCCCGACGGGGGCCAUGUCAAGAAGCGAAUUCAAACAACUGGACAGACUGUUCCACAUCAAUGACACUGACCCAUUUUAUGCGAGUAGGAGGUAAGAGGACAUUAAAUCACCAAACUGUUUAGAUAUGACAUCAAACGGACUGGUUAUAUUAUCAUCACCGGCAACGAGGAAGAUGAGGAUAUCCUAAAUCCAUCAGUAUUAAGUGAAGCGAUGCAUUUGUGGACCAUAAUUCAGAGCAUGACUGUGGAAUCCGACAAGAAAAAGUUUAGUUAUUCAUCAAUGUGUGUCAAAUUCCCAAUGCCUGCGGAAUUCGGGCAAACCUUGAGUUUAUUUUUGUCAUCAAAUCAGAGGUAUGGUAUAAAAUGUCAUACAAAUUAUACAUCCUUCAGUGCGGAUCAGAUUUGUGUCAGUAAUCCGAUGAUUGAGAUUUUCAAGUUUAUGUUGAAGCCCGGCCAAAAACUCUUAACGUCAGCGUUGGAUGAGAAUCUGUUGACUCAAAUCGGGGAAACCAUGGCCAUGAAUACGGCCGAGAUCUCCCAAUUACUUGGGGGAAUCAGUCUGGAUAAACAAGGACGAAUCUCUGGAGCCAAAGCCAUUCUUCUGCCUUAUGCCCUAAGGCAUGCUACAAAAGAAGAGGAUACGAUUGCUGAGAAAUGGGAGCUCAAAUUAGCUAAUUAUCUGUUAACUUACCAGUCUCCUUUAAUUAAGACUUCAUGGUGGACAUACGAAACCCUGGCCGAAGAAUCAGCCAGAGAUCGAGAGCAAUUGAUCCACAUGCUGAUCCCUUGUUUUCUGGUGGUCUCAUUGUACACUGUAAUGUGUUGUUGUGUCAAGAGUUGGAUCAGAUCUCGACCUUGGUUGGCCAUCGGAGGAGUUCUCAACGCAGCUAUGGCCAUCAUAAGUGCGGUUGGACUGUUGUUGUUAUUGAGAUUUAAGAUUACCAGUAUCGCCUAUUCAAUGCCGUUCAUUGUUUUUUGUAAGUUUCCGCUUCUCGAAUUUCGUAUUGAUUGUAUUUAUUUUCAAACUCAUCUACUUUUAGCUGUUGGUGUGGACAAUGUCUUUAUAAUUUUAUCUUCAUGGAGAGCUACAGAUGAGAAGCUUCGAUUCGAAGACCGAUUAUCCGAAGCUUUUGGUGAUGCGGCUGUCUCCAUUACAGUAACCUCUCUGACGGAUUUUAUCUCUUUUAUUGUCGGUUGCUUUACCCCAUUCCCAUCGGUUCAGAUGUUCUGCUUGUAUGCGGUAGUAGCUGUUGUCUUCACCUACUUUUAUCAGCUCACAUUCUUCGCUGCCACCAUGGUUUAUACCUGUAAAAGAGAAUGCGAGCGAAGGAACUGUCUGACGUUCCAACCGACUGUCCCAAUCACCACCAAACCUCUUCCUCCUAAUAUGCCACCUCUAAAAUAUUUUCCGUCCAAUAAGGAGAUCCUCAAAAAAGAGACUAACACUUGUUUGGCCAUCUUUUUCCGUACAAAAUACACUGAUUUCGUUAUGAAUCCUUACGUCAGAACGGUCAUCGUUUUCGGAUUUAUUCUCUAUUUGGCAAGUUUACCUCGCAAUGAAUUAACCCUAUCUUAGAUGACAGCAACUUAUGGAUGUCUUCAUCUGAAGAUGGGAUUGGAACCAUAUGACCUUCUUCCUGAUAAUUCUUAUGGAAAAAAGACGCUGAAAGAUGUCGAGAAAUAUUUUUCAGGCAAGCAAUAAAAAAUUAUGUAAACUCCCCUUUAGAAUACGGAAGUUAUCUUCAUGUUUGGAUGUAUAAUCUGUCUCACCUAAACACUGGUCAUAAAAAGCUCUGGAGUAUGAUAUACGAUGAGAUCCAAUUGUACGAGUUUACUGAGUACUCUGGAGCUAGCGACUGUUGGUAAGCGAUUUUAAAACUAUAAUAGCGGUACUGGUCCUUCCGGAAAGUCGCCGGCCUGAAAUCGGCGACACGCACUGUGAGAAAACAGGAAGGACUAGUGUUAUUAUAGCCACUACUACGGUAUUAUAAUAUAACACUUUAGGUUACGAUCCUUCCUCGAAUUUAUGGACAAAAACGGACUAGAUCUAAAUUCGACCUCGUUUAUCUAUAAUCUCAAAAACAAUUUCCUGAAGCUCCCCCAGUUUUACAAAUACAAAAGGUACGUACUAAUAAUGAUAAAUUAACCCUAGUUUCAGGGAUGUCAGAUUCACAGCUGAUAAAGGUUAUCUUGAAGCCACCAGAAUCCCAGUCCAACUUCGAUUUGUGGGCUCGGCCAACCAAUCCAAGGCCAUGCAUCUCUUCAGACGACUAGCUGAGACCAGUGAAAUUCCUACAGGAGUUUAUGCGGACUUCUUUCAGGUAAUCUACUCUGUCUUAAAUUAACUCUAGUUAGUUUGCUGAACAAUAUAACGCCGUUCUUCCUGGAACAUUGUCAUCGAUUGCCAUUGCUGCACUUGUGGUUAUACUGGUCUCAUUACUCUUGAUCCCUGAACCAAUUGCGGCUCUUUGGGUGACAUUAAGUAUCGGAAGUAUUAAUCUGGGCAUCCUCGGUUUCAUGACUUAUUGCUCGGUCAGAUUGGAUUUCAUUUCUAUGGUCACAAUUGUGAUGAGUAUUGGAUUCUGUGUGGACUUUGCUGCUCAUCUAACGUAUCAUUACGCCAAGGUAAUCACUAGAGUACGUAUGAUUGAUUACUUCCAAAUUUAGAGCCCUGAAGAAGAUGUGAAGGAGAAGGUCCGAUCGGCCUUGUACGCAGUCGGUCCACCAAUUUUACAAAGCGCAUCGUCCACGGUACUGGGGGUAUCGUUUAUGUCAUCCACAGAGAGUUAUGUGUUCCGAUCAUUCCUAAAAACCAUAAUGUUGGUCAUUACUUUAGGUGUUCUCCACGGUCUAGUUAUUCUUCCCGUCUUCCUCUCUAUAUUUAAUUUCCGUCGAUCCAAAAGAGAUGUAUUAAAAUGCUUUCCAAGUGAGCCUAUCUACAUUCCUCGUGUAAAUUCACACAACUUUGUACCGCGCGAAGAUGGGUUCCAUAAUUUAUAUGCACCUUCCUCUUCAAUUGUUACGAUUUCUCCUCCCGUUCAGGUUCUAAGAACGUACCCCUUAUCUAGACAGUCUUCUCAAACCUCCACCACUUCCAAAUACUCUGAAUCCACUUCAGAAAAUAACGUCUCAAUCAACAAAAUGGGUCUCUAGUUACAGGUACAAGUAAUAACUUUCUAUUAGGCUGUCCCAGUCUUGCUUAGUUUUGAUGUUUAUUUUCUAAAUACACACCUUUCAAGCAACUCUUAUGGGGCACGUUAUUAAUAAAUUACACAACAUUCUAAAUAUAAAUUUUCUCAAAAUGAAUAAGCUAACAUUCUACGUAUACAAAGACCAUCAUCGUCGACGAAUUCUACGACCUCUCACGUCUUGAUCCAAAAAAAUAAUAAAAGAUUGUGGACGUAUUUAUUUAUUAUGACCAGGGGUGGUCAGCGACAUUUUUUUCGAAUUUCCGGGCCGCGGCUCGGUACGUCAGAGGACGGGCCCGGUCAUUCUAAUGUUUUUUGCAGGCCCGGCCCGUUACGGCGUCAGCUCAUUUGUCAAAUUUCCAUCUGCCCGUCCGCUGACCAACCCUGUCCAUAACGGAAAAAUCUUCGUAUAAAAAUCAAUUAGAAACUGGAGGAACCCCGGGCGCAGAUCGUCCAAAAAACUUAUUUUCUCAAUUGGUCAAAAAUUGGAGAUCUCAUGAGAGCUCUUCUGAUUCUAGAACUCAAUUUGUGAUAUUUUUUGAUUCUUCGUGCCUUGUGACUGAUGUCGUAUUAUGGUAAUAAAUGUUUUUUAGCACCCUGGAGCCUUGUAUUCAGGCCGAGAUUUGUUGGGUUCAGAGUCACUCGGCCCUCCAAGUUCUCGAUCAGCUCGAAUCUAUUUUGUUUGACAUAUCAUGUCGUCUCAACGCGGUCAAGAAGUUGAAUCGAGUUCCGCCCUUGAGGCAGUCUGAGCCAGAGCCAAAAACGGCCAACCUGGUGGCUCAUGCCAAUCGAGAUGCCCUUUCAGGUCGGGUUACACUCAUUGCGGAUACCCUUACAUUGGCAGAGGUGUCCAUGAAACAUAUUAGGGCCAAUGGAGGCGUGUACAAGUCCAGAUGUGUCAAUCACUUCAAGAUCCCUCAGCUUCAGGCAUGCAGUGCAUUAGUGGUUAGGACGAUGGGGACCCUACAAAAGGUGAGUGACAAAAGAAACGUUUUAUUUGUGUCUUUUAGGGAAGGGCCAGUUAUGACGAAGCGACGAAGGGAGCGGUUUAUACAUUAGAGACCUCUCAAUUACUGUGCAACGUUCUCAAAGAUGUAAUCAAGCAACUCAACGAGUGCCUGCAAAGUCUUUUCGCUCCGGAACUUCGUACUUACCAAGAGCUCUUCCAUUCAGCAUGUGUGGAUAACUUUGAGCCCGCUCCUCCAUCAGAUGUUCUCUUCAGUUUCUACGUGUCCAUUGAUCGUCUAUUCCUAACUGCAUAUCAAAUGACACCAACUCCGAAUAACUCUUAUUCCAUUGCCAGUCUUCAUGCCGAGGCUCGAUUGGAUUCAUUGACUCAACUGCAUCAGUUGUUAAACAAGGCUCGUCUCAAUGCUUCUUUGCUUUGUUCCAAUCUGGAGAUGUUCCACAACUACCUAGAUUAA